AUGUCUGGUAGAGGAGAGCACAGAUUCCAGGCUGGCAAGGAAAAGGAGGACACGCGAGAUGGAGUGAGAGGUUCGCGAGAGGGCGGCCGAAACUCAUCUGCGCGGGGAGGCUCUAGCAGCUCCCGCUCCGAGGUCCAAGCCAGGCCAGGUGGUGAUACCAUUCUCACGCCGAACAGCUUGGAGAUUCGCUCCUUGAAGGACGAUCUGGGUCAGACGGUGGCUGCGUGGCUUUACAACAAGAGAGGUGGCCCAGCCAGAGACGUCAUCGCGGCAGCCGACGAUAUUCUCCCCGGCGCCAUCUCGUUCCAGGGCAACUUCGAACGCUCCAGUCUGCUGGGAAGCGCUUGGAAGUGA